GUUUGUCACGGGAGUCAGCUAUUGUCAUUUUGAUCGAUAAAUGUGCAUUCGUAUGCUAGAAUAAUUGUAUCGUUACAAUUUCUGUUAACAUCAAGCUUCAUUUAUGGCUUCGUGUUGCACGUUGUACGAUCUGUCAAUUAAUGCAGUCGUAAAGAAUCAUGAAUUUUUGUUGAGAAGUAUUCGAGAGCUUCCUGGCCACUUGAAAUGCGAUGUUUACAGAAAGAUGUACGAUCGUGGGCAGAUAAAACCACUUUCCUCAGAGCUUCUUCGCCUGGACAAUGUGAUACCAUUAGCUCGAGCAAAUGAAAAAAGACUACAACUUUACAAGCCCCUGCAGCAUCUCUUGGACAAUGGAAUAAAUGUCGCAUUCAUUUUAAACGAAAAAUUUAAUGCAUGUGUUCAAUCUUUCCUAAGACUAAGAAAUUGGGAAGCAUGUGAACGCUUUGUUCCUUAUGGCAUAUCGCUUGGUAACUUCUUUGUCGAGAUGGGCUGGUAUUGUGGUGCAGAUAAAAUUUUCAAUUGUGUUUUAAUGCUUUGCAAAGCAUUGACACCUGUGCCAUAUAAAAUUGUAUUACUAUGUCAUGUGAGAUUAAUGUAUAUAAGGGCUGCAAGCUGUCAGUUUUGCAUGGCAAAAGAUUCAUAUGAGAAAGCAGUUGAGUUGGCAAGCCAUUUGGAAAGUUCAUCAACCAUUGAUGUCAACUGGGCAACAAUUGCUCUUGGAAAAUGUCAACUAUGGUUUGCCAUGAAUCACUAUAGAGAGGCCUAUCAAGCUUCUCUUAAACUUCUUCCUAAAGUAACCUCACGGCUUCAUCCUAAGACUAUCAUCGAAAUUUUGCGAAUUGCAUCAAAGGCUUGUGUGGUAAAAAGAAAGUUUCGAAAGGCAGCUUCAUUAAUCACGUACGCAGUUGCACUUUCCAAAGAGCGAUAUGGUGAAGAACAUCCAAUUUCUGCUAGUUGCUUAGUAGACUAUGGUUUUUAUCUUCUUAAUGUCGACUCCGUCGAUUCUGCUGUCAAGGUUUAUGAGGAUGUACUAAAGAUUCGACAAAAUCUAUUUGGUGGCAGCAAUCUUACUGUAGCUAUGGCUCACGAGGAUCUUGCUUAUGCUUUAUACGUCAAUGAAUAUAGCACUGGAGAUUUUGAUCGCGCAAGGUGCCAUGCACAAAUGGCCAUAAACAUUUUUUUGAAACUGUUACCACCUGAUCAUCUGCAUUUGGCGUCAGCAAACAGAGUUAAAGCUUUAAUACUUGAGGAAAUUGCAAUCGACCUUGAUUUGGAAAAGGAAAAGCUUAACGAAGCCCUAAAGUUGCAUCUUUCUUCUCUUUUCCUUGCCAGGAGAGCAUUUGGUGAAGACAAUGUUCAAAUAGCAAAACAUUUUGGUAAUCUGGGCAGACUUUAUCAAUCAAUGAAGCGCUUUCGUGAAGCCGAACAAAUGCAUAUGAGAGCCAUUGAUAUAAAGGAAAGAUUGCUUGGGGCUCAGGACUUUGAAGUGGCGUUGUCUUUGGGUCAUCUAGCAUCAUUGUACAGCUAUGAUAUGAAUAUGUUUCAGAAAGCUGAAAAACUGUAUAUUCGUUCGAUUGCCAUUGGUCGAAUGUUGUUUGGUGAUGGUUACAGCGGGCUAGAAUAUGACUACAGAGGCUUAAUUCAUAUAUAUAAAAGUACAGGAAAUUUUGAAGCUAUGUUGAAUUACAGUCACGUGUUGGACAGAUGGCACGAAUUACGAAAAAAUAAAUCCGAUUCAGAAGUUAACGCAAACGUGAAUACUUUACAACAUGAAAAUAAAACUACCGAAAUCAUAAUUCGAGAAUUUUUUGAAAAAAUGGACUAAAUACAAAUUUUAUUUAAGCAUAAGUGCAAUGAAAAUGAUAAAUUUAUAUUUGUAAAUAGAGAGAUUAUAAUUUAGUGAAAUGUUAUUUGUGUAUAUGUACAAAAUAAAAUAAUUUGGUAAUGAA